AUCAAGAGUAUGGCUCUGAACUAGCAACAGAAAGAGUUGAGGAACGACUAACACCUAUUAUGAAUGAAGAAAACAUAACUAAUGUCAAUACAUCAGAACCAAAAAAAAGUUUUACUAAAAAACAUCAAGCUUCAACUCUCCUGGGCUUAAAAUCGUCACAGACAAUAACAUCUGACAAUAUGAAUGAAGAAUAUGUCAAAAAAGUAAAGUCUAAUAAUCAGCAAGUGAAAAAAAUAAAAGCUUCACAGAAUAAAG